UUUGCAAAAGCUCGAUGGCCACAGUCUCGCCCGCCGAGCGGCGCGCGCUCGAGAGGAAGGAGGACUGGUCGCAGAAAAUCAUCGACUUAUCCUCCGAUCUCGCCCGGUGCAUCACGGAGGCUGACCUGCCUCCCCUCAACCUCGUCUCGCCGCUCGGACGCAAGGCGUCCGAGGAGGUCGCUGAGCUGGAGGAUCUCCACCGAAUCCUGCAAGCCGAGGGCAUUCCAGGCCUCCGCGCCGCGCUGAAGGCCCGCGAGCUUGAGCGCAAGGGAGCUUGAGCCGCAUCGUGAUGUUCAGGAGCGUGAUCAUUGCAAACCGUGCGCUAGUUUCCGCAUGCAGUGCCAGCGGUGGAGAGGUGAGUUGGUAGGUCCCCGUGAGAUGAUUAUUUGAUGAGGUUGCAAGGAACUUAGUCGUUGCCGGUUGGGCGGCGCGUUCCGGCGUCGGCGUGCGGGGAGGACGCGCCGCGCGCACCGCCGGCAGGCCGGAGAUAAAGCCCCGUCCGUAUGGGCCUUUUGAUGGGGUGCGGGCCCGGGGGGCCCGCGGGCGGCGGCGCGGGGGCGGCCGACCCAUUCCCAGCCUGUGGCGAGUUGGGGCACAAACCAGUCUGGCAGGUGUUGAAGACUUGAAGUUGCCUGUGGAGGUUUUCCAUUCGC